CCUGAGUUUUUUGUUCACACAAAAAAUCUCGGAACAAAUGGUGGUAAUUGAAGAACAAAAUUUUUACAAUUCCUCCUCCGCCUCUACGAAAAUGGCAAAUUUAUUAAACAAUUCUGCCAAAAAUGAUAUCAACAACAGCAGCAGCACAACGACGCUGGAAAACACCAAGCCCAUCUUUCCACGUCUCUACAAUAAAAUCGUUCUCACUUUAGAAAACAGUUUAAUACCUGAAGCAAAACUUGAUCAAACGCCAUCACACUUGGAUGGUUUGGAUGCUGAAACUGAAAAGGAUUUGCGUAUACUGGGAUGUGAACUUAUACAGACGGCUGGCAUUUUGCUAAAACUGCCGCAAGUAGCCAUGGCUACGGGGCAGGUGAUUUUUCAGCGUUUCUUCUAUUCGAAGAGUUUUGUGCGGCACAAUAUGGAAACGGUGGCCAUGAGUUGUGUGUGUUUGGCCUCGAAGAUUGAGGAGGCGCCACGUAGAAUACGUGAUGUUAUUAAUGUAUUUCAUCAUAUAAAACAAGUGCGGGGACAAAAGGAUAUUACACCCAUGGUCUUGGAUCAAUACUAUACCAACCUCAAAACGCAAGUCAUUAAAGCCGAACGUCGUGUACUCAAAGAGUUGGGCUUUUGUGUGCACGUCAAGCAUCCUCACAAAUUGAUUGUCAUGUACUUACAGGUGUUGAAAUAUGAAAAACACGAACAACUCAUGCAAAUGUCAUGGAAUUUUAUGAACGAUUCAUUGCGUACCGAUGUUUUUAUGCGUUAUAACCCUGAGACUAUAGCCUGUGCUUGCAUAUACUUAAGUGCCCGUAAGUUGUCAAUACCGCUACCUUCGCAACCAAAUUCUUGGUAUGGCAUAUUUCAAGUACCAGAAGAUGAUAUUAUAGAUAUUUGUUAUCGUGUCAUGGAAUUGUAUACGCGUGGCAAACCGAAUGUCGAUAAAUUGGAAGAAGCUGUGGAAGAGUUGAAAAAACGCUACAUGGAAUCGAGAAAUAAGACGAAAGAGCAAAAUACGCCACCCACCGUAACGGCGGUAGAUCGUAGUAAUGGUUCUCACAAUGCUUGGGGUGGUUUCAUUCAGCGUACUUUACCAUUGCCUUUACCCAAUGAGAAAUCGCCUAGUAAGGAUUCCAGAUCUAGGUCUAGAUCACGGUCCAGAGAUUCUAGAAGGACCGCACGUUCUAGAUCACGUUCGCGCACACGUUCCCGUUCCAACUCGGUCAAUCGUUAUAAGAAAUCACGACGUGAGCGUGAGAGGGAACGUGAUCGUGAGCGUUCAAGAUCUCGCACACCGCCUCCCUCUAAAAAUAAGAAAAAAUCCAGACACUAUUCUAGAUCACCCUCGAGUUCGCCACAUUCCAAACAUCGUAAAAGGAAACCCUCUCGUGAUCGUCACACUAUGGAUAAAUAUAUUGAUAAUAGACGUGAUAAAUACCAGGAAAAAUAUCAAGAUAAACGACCCAUGCAUCAUCAUCAUAAUUCUUCUUCAUCGAAUAGUAAUAAUAAACAUUAUCGUGGUCACAAUUCAUCGCAUCGUGGCUCUCAUCGUGAUAAUUCCCAUGAUUCUAGACAUCGUAAACGUUGAGGGUAAUUUGUACUAAAUAUCUAUUUUUUUACUAAUGUAUGCCUGAUGUUAAACUAUUAAAUAUAAAUAAAAAAUUAUAAAGUAAAUUACAAAUAUUUACAAUAUUUUAUGCCUAA